UGUCUCAGUCCUAAAAUGUGUGUGUUUGUCCUGCAGGAGUACUCGGAGUGGAAGAAAGAAGCCGCCGAUGUCUCUCUGCCGGGGAUCUACAUCGGCCUCACGGACCGUCUGAAUUCCUUCAGCCGUGUGAUCGUGGACUCCACGCAGGAGCUGUGCGCCAUGCUCGUGUCCUCCUACAUAGAAAAAGUUAAAGAGACGUGCAAAAAUGACAAAAUGGGAAUAAAAACCACAGUUCAUGAAAUUGUUGCAGCAAAACACAACAUGUCAAUACCGGAUCCAAAGACGCACGCCGACUUCCUCAAGUACGCCGCCCAGGUGAGUUUCGACGCUGACACCGCUCACAAGUUUCUGCGUCUGACGGAGGAAAACAGGAAGGUGACGAACACCACGCCCUGGCAGCAUCCUUACCCCGACGUACCUGAGAGGUUUGAGAACUGGCGCCAGGUGCUCGCCACAGAGAGCUUCUAUCUGGGGCGCCACUACUUCGAGGCUGACAUCAGCGGCGAGGGCACGCACGUCGGUCUGACCUACAAGAGCAUCGACCGCAAGGGCAGCGAGAGCAACAGCUGCAUCACGGGGAACAACUUCUCCUGGUGUCUCCAGUGGAACGGACGCACCUUCUCCGCCUGGCACAGCGACGUGGAGACGCCGCUGAACGUGGAGAAGUUCACUCGGAUCGGGGUGUACGUGGACUACUCGAGAGGCCUGCUGGCGUUCUACGGGGUCGACGAAACCAUGACACUCAUCCACCAGUACCAGGCAGAGUUCCUGGAGCCCAUUUACCCGGCUUUCUGGUUGUCCAAGAAGGAGAACGUCGUUGCCUUGGUGACACCCGGGGAGCCUUUACGGCUCAAAAGCCCCUCGCCUCCGACCUCGCCUCAAAACGGAGCUGUCGUUUCAAAAACGGCAGCAAAACAAUGAUUAGAGUUUCUACUGGAUCAGUUUAGGGACAAUUUAACAAUAUUCAACUACUGUUUUUUAAAAAUGUUUGUCUCCAAACAAAAGACUUUUUAUCUGAAAGUUAAACCGGAUGGUUCCAAUUUUUGGAAGAGGGGUUUUACGAAGCGUCUGUCCACAGUCAGACU